AUGCGCUCCUCAAUCAUCAUAUUUUCCGUCGUACUGGCCAUAUGCUCUGGCUGCCUUGCCAGUUCUUCGUUCACUACUGAUAUCUUCUAUUGGCCUCUAUCGUCUCCCGAACCUUCACUCCUCGCGUGUAUCUCUUAUGAUCCGGCCACCAUCUCCACGCCUGACCUAGUAUCUUACCACCCUCCGAACCCUACGAACGAUGCCGAGGAUCAGGAUAUGGUCCGGAUCGGCCUAUACACGUCAACACCGGCAAAUCCCAGCCAAUGGAUCGGUACACUCACCUCGCGCUCCGUUCUCUCGAAGAUCACAGCCAACGUCAUUCGGCUUCACCUGGACCCCUCAAAUGAAAUCUAUCACGUCUCCCUAACCCCGACAUCUGCAUCAACGGCUUCUUCAGCUUCUCCGGGGCCCGUCAUUGAGCUGGUCGCUAGCGACACAGGUCCGCGCCCGCACCUUAACCGACCGAUUGUCCUUAGCCCGGACGGUGGAAACCCCGAUGAGGCUGCCGAAAAAACAUUGUUCCAGAAAUAUUGGUGGGUAUUCCUCAUCAUCACUUUCAUAGCUAUGUCUGGAAGCGGCGAAGGGCAAUAG